GCAUGCCAGUAAAGCUAAAUCACUUGCGAUUGAGCCCCCUUACUCCAGAGCUCGCGGGUUUCUACGUCGACAGCGUUUGCAUGCCAGCCGUACGAAUUGUCCUCUCCGGCUAAACAGCUUUUAUCUACACAGCCGCGACUUCUCCUGUGGCUCAGCCUCGUAAUUGCAUCCCUUAUCAGCGCCCCAGCGCAAGAGGGCUGCUGGGUGACACUCACUAUGCAUCAGCAGGAGCCUGCGUGACCGGGAUACCUAACAUAAAAAAAUGACCGCCCACGAGGAGGCGCGCGCGACCACGUCGCUCGUCGUCUACGAGCCACCGGCGGUGCUGAACGUCCAGCAAGCCGAGCGGCGCUACGAGCUACCACGGACCGGUGCCGUCUUCGUGCGCCAGGCGUGGGGCAGCGGCGACACCGGGGCGGCGCAGUGGCCGGCGGGUGUGGAACUGGCCAAGCUGAUCGAUUCCGAGGGCCCGGAACGCUGGCGCGGCAAGCGCGUGCUCGAGAUCUCGGCCGGCGGCGGCGCGGUCGUUGCCAUUGCUCUUAUGCGCGCGGGCGCCACCGUUGUUGCCACGGACGCCGACGCCGAGGCUUUGAAGCUACACGAGGAGAAUGCGCGGGCAAAUAUCGAGCCCGACGUCUUCGCGUCGCGCUACCGCGGAGCUCUCGUGCUGCGCUGGGGCGACGAUCCGGCGGCGGCCAUCUCGGCCCUGGGUGGUUCCCCCGACGUCGUCGUCGCCUCGGACGUCGCCUACCCAGGCACGCGCGACGCGUGGCCCGCCUUCGCGCGGACCCUCGUCGCCGUCGGCGCUGGCGCGCGUAUGCUGUACGGCCACGCGAGCCGCUACGAGGCCGUCGACCGGCGGUUCUUUCGCGUGCUGCGCGAGGGUGGCGUGCGAGCGGAGCGCGUCGUCGACAAGGGUUCGGUGGCGGGCGUGGGGCUGUUCGAGCUUGUUGUUGGUUCUUAA